GUGCGUCAACGACCAUACAAGUUCCAUGGCCGUGUACACGAUAGCGGUGCCAUCUACGACACCUUUGGGUGCGUCGUCGUUUUAUUGGCAAUGUAUGUCCGAUUGCAGGUCGAUGCGGCGUUCUCGGAGCUGGCCCCCCGUGUUAUUGCCCUUUGCACCCUAUGAUGACCGACUGCGGGCACCUUGGCUCAAGCUUCGAGGUUUCAGUCUUGACCCGCACACGCAAUCUAUAUUGGAGCUGCGUAAACUGCUCUUGCGCAGCUUGCCAGGAUGGCGGCAACCAGGAAAGCACCAUGGAGCAUAUUCGUGGCAAUGCUUCCUGUCCAGGGGGUUCCUGCCGCGAUUUCCAUGAUGGUGCGAGAGCGCAUCCACAACGACACCCACAAUGACACCCACGACCUUUACAACAGCUCGCGCACGGGUGCCCAGAUGGCAUCGUGCAGUUGGAGCCAAGGUUCUGCAAGUGGGUGGGCCGCUGAGCCACAUUGCCAUUAUGCUAACUAUAACCCUACAUGCAAUUCUGCGAACAAUGGCAAAUACUAUUAUGGCAACCCCUGGGAUACAGUCGGCGGGUACGUCACGAGCUUGGCUGGCUGCAGUGGCGGUUGGUUUUAUCAUGGCAGCAAGUCUUACGACCGGAUAUUCACUUGCAAUUGCCAGACGACGCCAUCUCCAACCUCGUACCCGACGCCCUACCCGACGCCUUACCCAACGCCCUACCCGACGCCUUACCCAACGCCCUACCCCACGCCGAAACCCACGCCGUACCCGACGCCCUACCCGACGUCAUACCCGACGCCCUUCCCAACUCCGUACCCGACGGCCUUCCCAACGCCGUACCCGACGUCAUACCCGACGCCCUUCCCGACGCCCUUCCCGACGGCGUACCCGACGCCCUUCCCGACGCUCUUUCCGACGCCCUUCCCGACGCCCAGCCCGACUCCCAGCCCGACGUAUCCUCUGGGCUGGCCGACGCCACACCCGACGUUUCCUCCUGGAUCUCCCAUGGCGGGUGGAGCCGGCGGAGGCGUGGCUGCCACUGGUGACCCCCAUCUUCAAAACGUUCAUGGUGAGCGGUUCGAUUUGAUGCAGGCAGGCAGGCAUGUCCUGAUACAGAUCCCUCGUGGAAUGAGCGCUGCAGAAGCACUGCUUGUCGUACAAGCCGAUGCGAGCCGAUUGGGUGGACAUUGUGUUGAUAUGUUCUUCCAGCACGUGAACGUUACCGGCAAUUGGGCAGAAGCCCAACAAGUUGGGGGGUACCAUUACAGCGCGUCGCAGAAACCGAACGAGAUUCCGCAUUGGGUUGCGCUUGGCCCGGUUCAGCUGAAAGUGGUGCAUGGGCAAACUGACGCCGGCAUCGUGUACCUGAACGUUUACGUGAAGCACUUGGGGCGGGCAGGGUUUGCCGUCGGAGGUCUACUGGGGGAGGACGACCAUCAAGACGCGAGCACUCCUCCGCACGACUGCGCGAUGCGCACGGAGCUGCUCGAGCACCCCGUGUACCCGGAUGAUCCCGGCCAUUCCACGUCUUCUGCUGCGUUGGCAUCCUUCGCUUGACAGCGUUUGUGGUCCUCCACUGAAUGAAGGAGCGGCUGCGACAACUCAGGGUUCCAGCCUUUGGUGACUAAUUGCACCCCGCUCGUUUUACUUUUGACUAAUGUCACCCCGCUCGUGCCAUAGGGAGGCUCUUCAAUUGUCUGCACACCACUUUUGACUAAUGUCACCCCGCUGAGCCCUUCGUUGGGCAAACACCACGUGCUCCCUAAGAUGGACCACGACCCUCUGAUUCGGCCGCGCGAGAAAAAAGUGACGAAUGACCCAGCCAUAUGCCAUGCAGGCGGGACCAUAGGAAGAACGGCCACAACAACGUAAAUGUUCUUCUGGAUGCGUGAGUCAUGCGUGCGGAGCUACUUGAGUUGGCGUGCCUGCGCGGUCAGACGUCA